CCCACCUCCACAGCUUUCUCUGACCUUCCUCCCUUUCCUCCAUUUCCUCCAUUUCUCUCUAUUUAGCCCUCCGGUGGGCUUACUCUUCUACCACUACAGCUGCAACGACAACAUAUCUUUGAGUUGAAUCCAUCUCAGGUCUGGUUCAAUAUCUCCUCGCAAUAUUUCAAUACCUGCAGAAGCCAUGCUGCUCAGAUUUCGAGGGCCCGAUGGGACCUUUAGGAUACCAGUAGAGCCCUCUGACACCUUUCGUAAACUGGGCGAGAAGUUAUCAGAAGUACUGCCGGACACUGUCGACUACAACACACUCACUCUGUCCAACCGCCCAGCGGGCGGCGAGACCAAGCUCCUCAAGGACAUCGCCAAUUUUGAGGUCUCACGAAUUGGCAUGCAACAUGGUGAUAUUGUCUUCAUCAACUACAAGACACGAGACGCUCUCUCGAAUGGCGACUCGAAUGGCGCUACAACCGCAUCCCAUCCAUUAUCGUCUACGAAUCGCCUGAAUGGAGCUGCCAUCCUGCCUAACGAAGACCUCCCUAUAGACCCACCACCGAUUUCCUCUCCUUCUGAAAAGAUCAAGAACCCUUGGGAGGUAGUCAAACAAUCUGCGCUAGAUGACCGGUUAGACAAGCAGGAUGGAAAGAUACCGCGGAAACGCGACCCCAAGAUGUGUCGACAUGGGGAGAAAGGAAUGUGUGACUAUUGUAUGCCUCUGGAACCUUUCGAUGCUAAAUAUUUGGCCGACCGGAAGAUCAAAAACCUCUCCUUCCACUCUUACCUCAGAAAGAUCAACUCCGCGACCAACAAGCCUGAGCUUGGAAGCUCCUUUAUGCCCCCUCUCACAGAACCGUACUAUCGCGUAAAGAGAGAUUGCCCGUCCGGACAUCCGCAGUGGCCUGAAGGCAUCUGCACAAAAUGCCAGCCCAGCGCCAUAACUCUACAGCCUCAGUCCUUCCGAAUGGUAGAUCAUGUCGAAUUUGCGGAUGCGAGUAUUAUAAACAAUUUGCUUGAUUUCUGGCGGGUGUCCGGAGCACAACGACUAGGAUACCUUUACGGGCGGUACACCGAAUAUACGGAGGUCCCACUGGGUAUCAAGGCUGUGGUAGAGGCUAUAUACGAGCCCCCACAGAUCGAUGAGGUUGAUGGCAUUACGCUGAAUGAGUGGGAAAACGAGAAAGACGUCGAUGAAGUGGCAAGAUUAUGUGGCUUGGAGAAAGUCGGUGUCAUCUGGACAGAUUUACUAGAUGCUGGCGCAGGCGAUGGUUCUGUUGUCUGUAAGCGGCAUAUCGACUCGUACUAUCUCUCUUCUCUUGAGAUUGCUUUCGCUGCCCGACUCCAAGCACAGCAUCCUAAGCCCACAAAAUGGAGCGAUACAGGAAGAUUUGGGUCGAAUUUUGUCACCUGUGUGAUAUCUGGGGACGAAUCCGGUCAGGUGUCCAUUUCCGCCUAUCAAGUAUCAAAUUCAGCAGUUGAGAUGGUCAGAGCAGACAUAGUCGAACCAUCCGCCGAUCCAGGGGUCAUGAUCGUUCGCGGCGAGGAUGAUGAUGGACAGCCAAGUCGCACAAGAUACAUACCCGAGGUCUUCUAUCGCAAGAUCAACGAGUACGGUGCACAGGUGCAGGAGAAUGCUAAACCUUCAUUCCCAGUCGAAUAUUUACUAGUCACGUUAACGCACGGAUUCCCUUCCGACCCGAAGCCAAUGUUUAUGGCCAAACCACCUGGUUUCCCAAUCGAGAACCGCGAGUACAUCGGACAGACACAAGAACUGCAGAAAGUAGGAGAACGCCUAGGAAUUGAUAGUAGUGGCGCACUCAAAAGGUCAAGUGAAGGCAUCUUAGCCCUCUCUGACUUCCACCUUCUCUGCUUCCUCCAUGGCUUCAAUUUCUUCAACAAAGACGAAGAAAGGCUUCUCUGUAAGGUUGCCACACAACACGACUUGGCGGACGGCUAUGCAUUACUAGAAACCAAUGGCUGGGCAACCUUACUUGCAAUAUUGCAAUCGACUGGUGAGCGACCCCCCAAAAGGCCAUCGCCGGAUUCUGGUGAUGGCAGCAGCACCGAACAUAUAACUAAGAAGGUUGGUCGGGUCAGGCUAGAGUAAUUCAGCAAACAGUUCUACGGAACCAGCGUCUAUGCGUCGAUGAUGUAGGACUUUCCAAGACACCAUUUCAUGAUAGAUGACACCGGACGGUUGCCGAAAUACCUUGAUAGAAUGGAUAGGUUGGGGCUGGCCGAGUCAUAUGGGCUGUGGUUUCACGAUGCAUUCAAGGCGUAGAAAAUGCAUGGAAUGGGCGAGCAUUGCAUUGGAGCAUAAAUCAGGAGCGGAGAGGUACAAUCAAUCAAUGAAUGCAUGCAUCAGAAC